UUAUUUUUAAGUUGGAUUUAAUUUAAAAUUUGAAUGUUAAUACUAAAUUCCUAAAUGUUAAUGGCCUAUUAGCUAUUACUUAUUUUAAUAUUAGGUGUUACACCACCAUUCAAACCAUUAAAAAAUGUAAUUAGUUUUUUAAUUGACAUUUUAAAUUUCAAAUAAAAAUGAAAGUGCUACAAAAUAUAUUUAUAUACCUAUUCAACUGGAAUUCUGAAUAAUUAAAAGGAAAAAAGAAAGUAUCAAUGUUGUCCUACAAAACAAUACCAUUAUCUGAUAGCAUUGAUGGCUAUGAAAAAUUGCAACUUUUGGGUAAAGGUGGAUUUGCGUGUGUUUAUCAUGCUCAAUGCCGCCGAACUGGUCGUCAAGUGGCUAUCAAGGAGAUUGAUAUUUGGUCAAUGAAAAAGCAGAAUAUGAUCGAUCGUGUACGCCAAGAAGUAAAAAUACAUAGUCAACUUAAGCAUCCAUCUAUUUUAGAGUUGUAUACAUUUUUUGAAGAUUGCCGACAUGUUUAUUUAGUAUUAGAACUUUGUCAUAAUGGUGAGUUGCUUCAAUAUUUAAAACGUAAUGGAAACAAAUUAUCAGAAAUUGAAGCUCGUUAUAUUAUAAGACAAGUAGUUGAAGGUCUUUUAUACUUGCAUAAACAUAAUAUUGUGCACAGAGAUAUGACUUUAACAAACUUGUUAUUAACAAAAGACAUGCGUGUAAAAAUUGCUGAUUUUGGUCUUGCGACUCAAUUAAAUUCUAAGGAUGAAAAACAUAUGACAAUGUGUGGAACUCCAAAUUAUAUUUCACCAGAAGUUGCCACUCGAAGCUCACAUGGUCUAGAAACAGAUUUAUGGGGAUUGGGAUGUUUAAUGUAUACUUUGUUAGUGGGACAUCCACCGUUUGACACCGAUGCUAUCAAAAGCACACUUACAAAAGUUGUGAUGAGUGAUUUUUCUUUGCCAAACUAUUUAUCAAACAAAGCUAAAGAUUUAAUAAAUUGUUUGCUUAGAAAAAACCCAAGAGAUCGUAUAGAUUUACAGAGUGUAUUAAAUCAUGAUUUUAUGCAAGAAAAAAUUAUUUGUGAUGGACCUUCUAUAUGGUUUCAUCAAUCACAUUUUACUGAAGAUAGUGGUUUCAAUACAAUUUCAUUUAAUAAGGAAAAAUGUAGUUCUUCAACUGGCUUACAUUAUGUACGUUCAAUUCAUAAUCCUAGUAUUGAAAUUAAUCACCACAAUGGAAAGUCUAACUUAAAUGUAUUAUCAGCUUGUAGAGAUUUUCAAUUAAAUACAGAAGCCAGUAAACAAGAAUGUUGCACAUCAAAUGUCAUAAGAAGUUUUCAUAACCACAGUAAUAAUUUUCAAAAUAUGUACCAUAUAGCUCCAUCACAGCAUUCUGAAAAUAGACAGUUUACUGUGUUUGAUGAUAAAUUUCUACAGUCAUUUAAAACCUUUCCCGAAACAAGUUCAUCAAAUAGAAUGGCUGAUUGCUUAAGUACAGUACGCUUACAAAAACAUAGACAUAAAACAAAAAAUAAAGUGUUAAGUAUUUUAAAUAAUGGAGAUGUUUGUGUAGAGUUUAUUAAAAUGAAAUCAAAAUCUAAAGAAGAGCGAGUUGUAGAAGUAAUACGUAUUUCUUCUGAUGGUCAGCAUAUGGUUAUAUAUAGACCCAAUAAAGAUAGAGGAGUAACUUUGCAUGAAGAACCUCCACCUAUACCAGUUAAGGGAGCUGAUGAAGUAUAUAGUUAUGAAUCACUUCCUCAACAUCAUUGGAAAAAAUAUGCAUAUGCUGCUCAAUUUGUGAAGCUUAUUGCUUCUAAGACGGCCAAAGUUGUUUUUUACAGUGAUGAGGCAAAAUGUCUUCUUAUGGAAGAUGGAAAAGCAUUUGAAGCACAUUUUUAUGAUGGAUCCAUGGUAUCGAGUCUUGGAAAUGGAGACAUAAAAAUAGUUGUGAAUGGAAAACCAAAAUCUUUUAGUCGACCAGAAUGUUUAGAUGAAUCAGAUAAAAUAAUUUACAUUCAAUUCAAAAAAUACUAUGACCAUUGUUGCUUAGUUGAAAAAACUUUAUGUACUCUUGAUACAAGUGCUAACAGUGGGGUUACUGUGUUUCCAGUGACGUUAGGAAGGAGGCCUAUAGCUAAAGAGAAAUCUGACAUACCAACAAAUUGUAAGUUGAAAAGUUCAUUUUUAAUUAAAUCUGGUGAAAUUUGUAUAAAUUAUGGUGAUGGAUCACUAGUAAAACUUGACACGACUACGGGUAAGGUAAAAUGUGUGACAGCUCAAGGAGUAGUAAUGGUUUAUGAUCAAAAAGAUAGACAUCUACUACCCGAGUGGGCAAAAAGUUGUUUAAAGGAAAUUCCACAUUUACUUAAACCAAAUGAACAAACAACAGGAAACUGGAAAUGGCCAAAUAGAUAAUUGUGACUAUAAAUUAAUACUUUUAUUUGUAAUUUUGUAUUAAAGAUAAAUAUUAUUCAAUCGACGAAUUAUUUAGCAAAAAUUAGUCUUCCGUAUUUCCAUUAGGUAAUUUAUUACCUAGUUUAAAAUAUAAUGUCUAUGUUAGACAAUUAUGUAAAAUAUUGUAAUUUUAUAAAUAAUUUUCAUUGAGAAUAACAAUGUGUUCAACUAUGAUAUAGUCUAAUUAUUUUAAUAGAUAUUUAGUUUAUCCUUAAUUUGAGGGGAAUAAAUACUAUCCAAAACAAAAUAAAUUCAUAUAUAUCACACAAUAUUGUUAUUUUAUUAUACCUAUAAUUUAAGUAUAUUUAAUUAAACUAAUUAUAUAUAUUAUUAUUAUUUAUUAUGAACACUUAUACUACAGGUAGCUGUUUAUAAUCAAUGUAAUUAUUAAGAAAAAUAAAUAACUAUAAUCAAGUAUUAUAGUUAAAUAGUUUUAAAAAAAAUGUAUUACAAAUAAAUUACGAUUGAUUAAAAAUCAUUUUAAAUUGUUAUAAAUGUUAUUUAUUUUAUAAUUUUUUGUAAUCAACUUAUUAGUUAUUACUUAUUAUUAAUAACUUAUUAAAUAUAGUGAUACAUAAAUUAGUUUAAUUAGUACAUUACCUAUGUCGAUAAAAUAAUGUAUUUCAACAGAUAUGUAGUUUUUAAUGUAUUAUACUUCAUAACAGUUAUUUAGGUUUUGUUAUAACUUAUAAUUAUAUAUUUAUGAUUUUUAUUGAUUGAAAUAUAUACUUAAAAUAUUAGUUAUAGCUGACUGUUGUGAUAUUAUAUCCUGAGUCAAUUUGUGUUACCUAGGUAACUGAAAUAGUUACAAAACAAUGGAAAUUACCAAAUGGGUAUAUCAUUUUUCCACUCAGUUAAAUUCAUCUAAAAAUUGUUUUUAUAAAUUAUACAACUACUUCAACUAAAUACAAAAUGUAUAAAUAAUGAGAUGCAUAAAGUGUAUAAGUGUAGGUAUAAAAUAAAUAUGCUACAAUUUACUAGUUGUACUUACAUGUUAGUUAUUAGUUAUUACAUUGAAAACAGGCAAAAAUGUGAUAUGCCUAAAUGCCUAAUAUUAUACAAUAUUAAUAGAUUAUAGAUACCUAAUAAUAGUUAGAGAUGCAAA